GCAGUGUCUCGAGGUCAAAGCGCAGGACAUGUUCAAGUCAGUGCAAGAGAUUCGAACAAAUUUACAGUUUCGAUAAAUAUCGAACCUCAGUCGAAAGCAGCAUUUCUCCUGACAUAUGAAGAACUCCUGGAGAGGAAAAUUAACCAAUACGAAUUAGUUUUGAACAUUCAUCCUGGGCAAAUUGUAAAGAAGUUGAGUUUGGAGGUAUUUAUAAAUGAGAGCAGACCACUUACUUUUGUUAGAACGCCAUCACUGAGAUCUGGAAAUGAAAUUAGUAAAAACGAUGGUAAAUUGAAUCCUUCUUCGGAAAUUCAAAUCAUAAAUUCUACCAGUGCCGUUGUUAAAUUCCACCCAGAUGCUGAAGAACAGAGAAGGUUUGCUAAAGAUAUGGGAGUGAAGGAGAAUGAAGGUCUCGCAGGACAAUUUGUUGUUCAAUACGAAGUUGAACGCGAUCCUAGCGGCGGUGAAGUUUUAUUGCAAGAUGGAUAUUUUGUACAUUUUUUCGCACCGGAAGAUCUUGAACCACUUCCCAAACAAGUAGUGUUCGUUUUGGACACAAGCGGAAGUAUGGAUGGACGCAAAAUUGAUCAGUUGAAAGAUGCUAUGAACAGUAUUUUGAGUGAAAUUCGUGAGGGGGAUGUCAUCAAUAUUGUAGAAUUCAACAGCGAUGUUUUCGUUUGGAAUAUUGACACCAGCCUCAGUACUGAAGUUUCGUUCAGCAAUUAUCAAGAACCUUUCGAAGAAUUAUCAAUGAAAACUUUGCCAGCUGCUAUAACCGCAAAUAAUGAAACCUUGAAUAAAGCAAAAAAUGUCAUACGCAAACUGGUAUCAACUGGUGUUACUAAUAUAAUAGGAGGACUUGAGACUGCAUUGCAUUUGGUUAACAUUAAUAAAAAGGCAAAUGAUGGUAAAAAGGAACACCAACCAAUGAUAAUUUUUUUGACAGAUGGUCAACCAAAUGUCGGCAUUUAUUCAACUGAAGAAAUCACAAAAAUUGUUACGCGUUUGAAUUCGCAAAACGAGAAAGUUCCGAUAUUUUCCCUAUCUUUUGGAAAUGGUGCUGAUAAAUCGUUCCUAAGAUCGUUAUCUUCGAAAAAUUCUGGCUUCUCAAGACACAUAUAUGAGGCAUCAGAUGCAUCACUACAAUUACAGGCGUUUUAUAAAGUUAUAUCUUCCCCGCUGUUGUCAAACGUUGUAUUCAAAUAUGAUGAUAAAGUAGAAGAGGUAACUAAAACUCGUCUGCCAAUUUUCUUCAGAGGAUCUGAAUUUGUUGUGGCUGGACGAUAUAACGGGCAUCAUCUUCCGAUUGAAGUAACUGCUCGUGGUUGGAAGGGCCCCAUUACCUUAACCCCCGCAACCUCAAGUCCCGUCACUUCAUUGGAGCGACUAUGGGCUUAUUUGACACUGAAACAAAAAUUAGAAGAAAGAGAAACGGCUGAUGACAAAACUUUACUCACAAAGAAAGCUCUUGAUUUGGCACUAAAAUAUUCAUUUGUGACAGAAGUAAGUUCCCUGGUUGUGGUCAAACCCAAUGACACAAGUGCUGUUGAUACCGAAGACGCAUCAAAUAUACCGAGACCUUAUGAUGACUACGAUUCACCAGUGUUAUCAUUUUCCGGAUCGUCUAAUCUGUAUUCUUUAAGGAGCUUCAGUGCCUCUCCUCAAAGGUCAUUCAUUUCUGGAAGGCGUUACUAUUCAGCUCCAACGUUUGGUUCUUCUGUACAUUCUUUCUCCCGUGCAGAUUCUGGUAUGCAAUUAUCUUUCAUUCAACCUCCACUACAUCCAUCGAAGUUAUCAACAACUGUUCAACCAAUAUUGACAACAACAGUUCCAACAAUAGAGAAACGUUUACCAUGGCUGAUAGGAAUUUUAGAUGCCAAUAAAUCGAUGAAUAUAUCUGGAGGUACUUAUGAACUUGGUGAACAUGCUUCCGUUGCUGCAGGCCUCGAUUGUCCCGAAACACCUUUGAAUGGUACAAUUUCGGGACAAUGUACACUUCUGAAAGAUUGUCAUGAAGUAUUUACUUAUUUGACUGAUUUCCAAACGUUCGAGAAAUAUUUCUGUCCUUUAGAAAGCAAGUAAGUAACAUUUGCAUUAUCGGAA